UUCUGAAAAUAAUACAAAUAUGUUUUUUGUGUGAAAAUAUGAUGUUAUAACACAUUCUUUAUUAUUUAAAUAGACAGAAUUAUAUACAUUAUUAAGACUUAUAUUAUCAUGUUUUUAUAGAAUACAUUGAAAAAUCUAAAAGGGACAUUAUUCAAUUAACUCUCAUAACAACUGUUAGGAAAAGGAAGUGAGUUCUUUCCCUUUCAUUUUAUUCAAAACCAAAAGAGGAAGUAAAAAUAGCAAAAUUUCCACCUAGCUGGUCAAAAGGAAAGAAACAGUUAAUCUUGAUUCUUUCUACGAAAUACUGUUUAAUACAACAUUCAAAAAUGUUUCAAGAACCUGACUACAGAGAAAACUUAUCAUUGAUGUUAUCAGAGGUUUUACAUGACAUUGGUGUCAAUGAAAGAACUGUGAUGAGAAGUAGAAGAGGAGUCAUGCUGAUGGAGACUAUGAAUAAUAUCACUAGCAGGUUAACUGAUGUAAAUGACACUGUCUAUUGUCUAGGGAGUCAAAGUGAAGGUACAACUACUAUAGGACUUGAUUCAGACAUUGAUUUGCUAGCCUGUUAUCAUAAAUUCAAUAUAAUACAAGACUGGUCAGAGUGGGAACCUGACAAGUUAAAUUACCUCAUGAUACAGGAUGAGAACACUACUCCCGGGUAUUGUUUCUUACAACUACUCAGACUUGAUGAACCUCUUCCUGCAACUGUCAUUCCUAAUGAACAUUAUAUUACUGAUAGAAGAGGAAGAAUAUUGUAUAAAAACACAAUGAUAAAUGAUUUACUUGAGGGUGCUGAUCAGCAGCAUGGACCAUCUAUUGCUGAACUAAGACAACCUGGAUUAUGUGAUAUGGACAGAGUACUUGCUUUACCAUGUAAAUCAUGGCCUCAAUCAGCAUCAGGUUGGUUACAUAGACAGGGUAUUGGCAGAUGGCCAACACAUGAGAUGAGAAGAUAUGCAGCCAGUACUAGGUGUUUAGUUGUUCCAACUGGAAGUAAGGUCAGUGAAUAUCCUGAACUGGAAUGGAGAAUAUCUACAUCAUUGACAGAAAGAUGUAUAAUGUUUAAUCUAAAUAUAACACAAAUAAGGUGCUAUGUACUAUUGAAAAUGAUUCUUAAGUCCUUUCUUAAUCCUCAAAAUGAAAUCAACAUUUCAAGUUUCAUGUGCAAAACAGUUUUAUUACAUUGUAUAGAAAACACAGAGUCACGAAUAUGGAAAGAUAUCAAUUUAUUUACAUGUUUAACAUACUGCUUAUUGGAAUUACACAGUUGUGUACAGAAUGACUGUUGUUCACAUUUCAUUAUACCGGAAAAUAAUGUGAUGGCAGGGCAAUUUACAGCUGAGACAAAACACGAACUUUCAAAAAAUAUUUGUGAUUUUAUACAGAAUGAUAGACAACGGUUACUAAGUAUUGAUAUUGAUGAUCUUGGUCAUAGACUUCAAGUUAAACUGAACAGAGUACCACAUGGAGUUUACUAUUUUCCUUCUUCUCUUGAAAUAAAUGAAACUGUUUUGACAUGGAGAUAUAUCAACAUUGCAAACAACAUAAGUAUACAACAUAAGCAUGUUUUAAGACAUUUUCACAAUGAAAACAUUAGAACAAUGAAGCAACAUAUAGUAAAAUUGAUGACCUUCAGUGAUAAUGGUAAUAGAUUUGAACAAGUUGCAUUCAAUUUUCUAGCACCUUUUCUUUUUACCACAUACGGAUCUACCCUAGCAUCAUCCAGCAUUGGUGAAAAUAAUCAAGUGUCACCUCAAGCAUUGGUCUGGCUAUCAGCUGGUUUAAACGCAGAUAUCUCAUCUAGCAGACUUAAACUGGCUUCAGUGUUCUACAGUACAGGAGAUAUGGAGAAAGCUGAACUAAUUCUUAGACACACAGAGCAACAAUAUUAUUCUUAUCCUGUUUUACCUAUCUGUCGCUGCUAUGUCAUGCCUUUAACAGUAACAGCAGAAUUCAAGAGGAUAUGUAGUGAACAAAGUGAGAACUGUAUCAAACAUAAUACAGCAUUUUGUGUCAGAUUUAUACAGGGAGAGAUCAACUGUGUUCCUCAUGAACUACAAUAUGAAAUGUUCAGAUCUACACAAGAUGACAUGAUACACAGAGAUGAGUAUAAUGACUGUUGGAUGGACUGGGCUGUAGUUGAUUCCCUACCUUUCUUAUACUUCCUACAAUACAAGAUCUAUCGUCAUCUACAAAGACAUCAAGAUCAACAACAAGCACUUUGUAAACUUAUAACAACCAUAGAAACAGAUGAAAACCUACAACAUAAAGAAACAGCUCUGAACAUUUUAGGACAAUGUAUGGAACAAGAAAACAGACCUCAACAAGCAUUAAAAUGCUACAUGCUUUCUCUUCGACAAAGGGCAAGGAACAAUGCAGCAAAUUUCCAUAUAUGUAAGCUCGUUUCUGGCUUAAUGGUUAGCCAAUAAAAUGUGACCAAAAAAAGAUAGUAUAAAGACUAUAUAUUUCAAUGAUAUCAAAAGGCUAAAAUGACAAAAUAUAGGCCUGCCAUUACACUUUUGAUUGCAUAUUAUUUUGAAACACAAUUAAACAUGUUUAAUUGAAAGAAUGAUUCCAACUUCAUUGACUUUGAAUAUCUGAAGUUAGGAGCCUCUUGUGUAGAGGACCAGUUUUGCUUGUGAAAAUGUAUUUUAAAUUUUGGUUUAUAAGGUGAAGUUUUUUUUCCAAGCUUUUUAGCUCACCUGUCACAAAGUGACAGGGUGAGCUUUUGUGAUCGCUUUUCGUCUGUCGUCCGUCUGUCCGUCGUUUACUUUAAAUGACAUCUCCUCAUUAACCACUCAGCCAAUUUCAUCCAAACUUCACAGGAAUGUUCCUUUGGUGGUCACCUUUGAAAAUUGUUCAAAUAAUUUAAUUCCAUGCAGAACUCUGGUUGCCAUAGCAACCAAAAGAAAAAACUUAGAAUAUCUUCUUCUAAAAAACCCAAAGAGCUAGAGCUUAGAUUUUUGGCAUGAAACAUCUUCUGGUGAGUGUCUACCAAGUUUGUUCAAAUAAAAGCCCUGGGAUCAAAAUUGGCCCCGCCCCAGGGGGUCAUUGAUUUUCCCUAUAUGCAUAUAGUAAAAAUUUUAAAAAUCUUCUUUUAAAGAACAAAAAGAGCUAGAGCUAAGAUAUUUAGCAUGAAACAUCUUCAAAUGGGUGUCUACCAAGUUUGUUCAAAUAAAAGCCCUGGGGUCAAAAUUGGCCCCGCCCCAGGGGGUCAUUGAUUUUCCCUAUAUGCAUAUAGUAAAAACUUAAAAAUCUUCUUUUAAUAGUAGUUACAGAGAAGUAGCGAGAAAAAGAUUAUUCUCUAUAUGCAUAAUCAAGGGCCAUAUCUCAUGUUGCAGGGUCAGACUGGAACAAGGCUAUGGUAUGCGCAUUUCCUCUUUAUAUAUCUGGUUCCCUUAAAGUUUUGUUGAAUUCCAGCCAGUAGUUGCAAAAAAUAAACUGGAAACAAAAUUCAGACAGACAGGUAGAGGGAUGGAAGGACGAAAGGACAGACGGACAACGCCAAAACAAUAUCCCCCUCCCUAAUCCAUUGGGGGGCCCUAUAUCACUCAACUGAUUUCUAGAAAAAGUCAGUACUCUUAAAUGCUAAUGUAGUUCAUUAGGUGGGAUCAAUUUGGAUCAAAAGGGCAUGACUUAAUCAAUUUUUAUAGGUGUUCACUAGGCAAUGCUAGUAUAAUAGAAGAUUUUUUUGUUGUUUUUACUAUAUACAUGUAAGGAAAAUCAAUGACUCCCCCCUCCUCCUCCCACCCCCGGCGGGGCCAAUUUUUACCAAAGGGCUAUAAAUUUGAACAAACAUAGGAAAGAUCUACUUUGAGCUGAACAAACUUGGUAAACACCCACUAGAAGAUGUUUUAUGCUAAAUAGCUAAACUUUAGCAUUUUGUUUUUUUGUUUUAGAAGAUUUUUGAUUUUUUUUUCUUUUUGUCAUGCAACCAGACUUCUGCAUGGAAUUCAAUUCUUUGAACAACUUUUAAAGGUGAUCUCCCAAGGAACAUUCCUGUGAAGUUUAGAUGAAACUGGCUUAGAGAUGUUGUUUAAAGUAAAAGAUUACCGACAUAAUUAUAAUGGUCGUACACAAAAUUUCAAUCACAAAAGCACACCUUGUCACUUUGUGACAAGUGAGCUAAAAACAAGAGAAUUUCAUAAAUUUGACCUUGACAGUCAUAAUAUACAACAUGUUUGUUUGCGAGCAAGUCUGCUUUUGUCCAAGUACAUUGUAUAAAUCAAACCCAUACAUAAAUAACAAAAUUAUGAAAACAUACAAAGAAGGUGGUUUAAACAUGGUUGAUAUUUAUAGUUAUAUACAUAGUUUAAAGAUAAAAUGGUUUAAAAGAUAUGUUAGUAAUAGCAAAAGUAAAUGUUAUAAGCUAGUAAACACAUUGUUUAAUAUUGAUAAAAAAUUUAACACUGGAAAGAUGUAUUGUAAUUUGAUUAUUAGUAAAAUAACAAAUUCUUUCUGGAUUGAUGUUUUCAAAGCUUGAUAAACUUUGUAUAGAUAAUAUAGAGCAAGUAUUACAUAUGCCACUUUUUUACAAUAGCAGGAAAUAGAUAUAUUUAUAUUCAGACAUUAUAUAAUAAAGGAAUCAGAUUUGUAAAAGAUAUUUAUUAUAAAUGAACAGGAUAACUUUGUAGAUUUGAUAUAUUUAGAACAGGUCAAAGGUAAACCUGUGAACUUUUUACAGUAUCAUAGUUUAAAACAGGCAAUAAAAAUGUACAUGCAAAAGUUAAAUAUUUUUAUAAGUAACAAUUUGCUUAAUGUUCAAUAUCCUAUAAUAAAUUGUUAUGUUAAACCUAUUUUAACUAUGAAUAACAAUAAGAAAUAUGUUUAUGAAAUUAUAGCUAAAAAUUCAGACAUACCUACAAGUCAAGAAAGGUGGAACACAUGUUUUAAAGAUAAUAACAUUAAUUGGCAGUUAAUAUAUAGUUAUGUUUUCAAAUGUUCUAAAGAUUCAUAUUAUAAUUCAGUGGUUCCAAACAAGAAUUAUUCAUAGAACUUUAGCUACAAACUCACUUUUGUUUAAAAUGAAAAUUGUUGACAAUAAAAUGUGUACUUUUUGUAAAUGCUGUGAAGAAGAAACACUUUUACAUUUAUUUUGGGAAUAUCAGAAAAUUCACCUUAGAGAAAACUUACAUAAUUUUGAUGAUCUUCUUUGUUGUAAAUCAUUCAUAUUAGGUACAGAAACUAAAGAUUUUAAAUAUGACAUAUUGUUAAGAUAUAUUUAUUUGUCUAAGGGAAAAAACUUUUUACCUACAUGUAUUUGUUUUAAAAAUAGUUUGAAAUUAGCAUGGAAUAUCUAUAGAAAUACAAAUUUGACAGAUGAUGAAAAUAAUAGAUGGUCAAUUAUAAGAUCCUUAAUUGCUUAAACUACACUUAAUAUGUGAAACAAAAAAACAGAUUGUUUAAUUGUUUAAUAAUAAGUAGUAG